CUUCAACUGGCAACAGCGCAAUAUGUUGCACCUGCGCUUAAGUUUCUCUGUGAACGUCGACAGCGUUGUCUCGGAUGUUAUGUGCUUUUUAUGGACGAAGAAUGUCGAGUUACACUAGACAAAGCCAUGCCACAGAAAAUGUCUUCUCAGGCUCUUCUGACGAUGAUACUGGCUACGUUAGCAAAAAGGGAUCGAGCAGCCCGACCAGCGAAUUCGAUGAGUCGAUUCAAGCGAUGUGUGAUAUUUACGGACAGACACCUCCGAGGACCCGACUGAAUCGUAAGAAGAGAUACAUGAAACAGAAACUUAAUGGGGGGGAUUUUAAGAUCGUAGAGAAAGAAACGCCGUCAAAAAUAACGUUUCGUAGGCGAAACACGUUAGACAAUAUAAUUUUCAACGAAAUGUGCGACAAAGCGGAUCGAGAUGGCGAGGACGAGGCGAAUCUUGACACAUCCAAAGAUGGGAAUCGGAAGUGUAAAAGAAGUUUGAAAUUACUGCGCGGCAACGAGAGGGAUUUAAAGUUAGAUAUAGAGGCAGCCUACAAUUAUGCUGAGAAAUCGGAUCAUUACCAAGCGUCUACGCCAAAUCAUAUGAAGGUUGAAACUAGAAAUAGAUUCCGGUGUCUACGGUCAAAGCCCGUCGAUGUAGAGGAGAAGAAGGUUCAACCCGAAGUCAUCGAGCAACGUACAAUCUUAGGCAAUUCGGAACCAGUCGUACAGUCGCCAAAGACGUUGAGUUUCAAAGAACGAGAAAUAUUUCAUGAUACAUUUUCUUUCCUUAUAAAAUUGGGAAGCACAGAGCGCAAUUGUCGUCGUCAGAUGAGUCAUGAAGAGACUAGGUGGCAAAAUGAAUUGAAGGAUUUAAUAUGGUUGGAAUUACAGGCUCACCACGCUGACCGGAGUCCAAUGGCACAGGAUGAGUACUUAUGUAGGCAACGUGAUGCUGUGGAAGGUUUACUUACAGAAAUAAUGGAAUAUAGAUACAAUCCCACUGUUAAUACAAGAGAUAAUAACGGGCCUUGGAUCAAUGUCAGUAAUAUGUGUAUAGACCGAGUAAUGAAUCCUGGGUCUAGCCCAAACGUAGAAUUAAGUACCUGUCCAGGAUGUCUUUCAAUGUAUUGUAGACCCUGUGCUAGAGCACAAGGAGAAGCUUUACAACAAAUAGAAGGUCUGCUGGCUAGACUAGAUGCAGCUGAAGCUCUUUAUCCAUCUUCUCAGGCACUGGGUGCACACUAUCCCUUAUAUAAAAGUGCAGAAUUCACUGGUAGAGUGAAAGCAAUGUGUCUUUGGUACAAUAUGACCAAACAUCAUCGACUUAAGUUACAAAUAUUGGGAAAAUUAUUAAUGAUGUCACAUACGAAAAAAAAAUUGGACGAUACUGUGGAUUCUGGGAUUAGUUCAAGAUCAUCAGAUACAACUGAUUCUUCAGAACAACGACACACGUCGGUGAGGUUUGAUAUAUCUAAUCCACAAGAAGAAAGUUCGAGCCCUUCUGAUAGUAACAACAGCAACAAUUCCUCUGCUGGGAUAUCUGUUGGGCACUCAUGGCCUUCUACUCCCGAAACUUCUUUUACGUGUAUUGAUGAUGAGAAGACUGACAGACUCGAUUUUUAUUUAGUUGAAUUCGAUCGUCAAGCUUACAGAAAAUAUAUUGAAGAUGUAUUGAAAACUAGAGGUCUUGGGAAAAGUCUGAAUUUUCUCGAGAGAUUGCAUACAUCUAUUUUGAGAAAAGCAAGACUGACGUUAGAAAAAUGUGAUAUAAGUGAAAGUGAUUCAAGUGAUUUAAACGAAGAAUAUGAAGGUGACAAACAAUUGCGUAGAUACGGUGUAUGGAGUUCCGAGGCUAAAGAAUUGAAUCUUCCGUCGUACAGAGCUGCCUUCGUGUUCCUUUCUCGAGUACCUUUGGAUGUUGUUCAUGAAUUUCUGAGAAUGAGGUUGGAACAAAAGCCAGAACAACCUAGUCCGUUAUCUGUUAGACAACUUAUGCGUGAACUUAGGGAAGGCCUUAGAAUAGCGUGUAUUCAUCGUGACAGAUUUGUCGCGCAUUCUAGUGGAGCAGUUGCCGAUGAUAUUAGUAUCUACAAAGAUUUGUUUCAAGAGGAUGUGAAAGAUUUUGACGAAAGUUUGAAAGCCGUUUUUGAAGUAUACCUUGAUUAUCUACAACAGUGGGUGGAUAUGGUGCAACAUGAUAGCUUCCAUAAGAAUUUAAUAAUGGAUGAAUGGAUAUUUGUAAAAUCAAUUGCAGGAAAUAUAUUAGAUGGUUACGAAAUUGCUGGUGUGAAGUUUUGUGAAAUUGCAAAAACAAUGAUUAAACAACUUAAAGAAUUCCUUAAUGAGAGACCUCGAGAAAUUAAAGAAACCACGGAGGAUUGGAGUGAUGAGGACUGGACAAAUAAAUUUCAACUAAUGUACGUUGGGCGAGAAUGGCAAGGGAUGUUUGUAGAAGCUCGAGAGAAAGUUGUAAAGAGUGUCUCCUUGGCUAGAUGUCUGCAGCGUGACAUCGAGAAGUGGCCAGUUUUCAAUGAAAAGUUAGAGGAAUCGCUAGCGACUUUAAAGGAAACAGUUAUGGGUCUCCGGUAUCAGAUAACAAAUGUUAUUGAAAAUUUUCAACGUGACCUUGAGCAAGCAGAAGAACCGCAUGCUGAAAGCGAACGAUCUGCCAUGCGAUCGAGAAUAAGAGAAAUACUUCAUCAGGCUUAUCGGAUGGGUUUCGACUACCACAAAGAGACUUGCAAAUUAUUUACAGUAGGGGAAAAAGCUGCACUGGCACGGGGAUUAGUUGCUUUUGCUCUUUUGUGGAUGGAAUUCGUUAGAACUAGAUGUGAACGAGGAAGAGGUUUAAGACCUAGGUGGGCAAACCAAGGUUUAGAAUUUUUAAUUACAGUGUGUGAACCGCAUAAUACAAAACACUUAACCGAUGAGGAAUUUGAAGAGUUAAAAACAUCUAUGGAUCGUUGUAUAUCCCAUGUUGUUGGAAGUGCCAAUACUGCUAUGAAUACAGAAACAGAAAAUAUAAGAAGAUUAUCCCGUUCGAGAGCUUCAUCGCCUUGUACUGCAAGAAGUAGAACUGCGAGUUUGAGUCUUUCUCAGAAGCCAAGAGAAAUUCUCAAGUCCCCCGAUACCACGUUGAAUCCUAAAAAGGCACCUUCACCAACCGCAGUUGAUGGAAACAUAACUAUGAUUUUGAAUGCAUCCAAUCGUAGUGUGUCAAGACAAGAGAGAGUUGUUCGUGCCAUAAAAAAGGUGGAGUUUGAUAUUGACGAAAGACUAAGAAGUCGUGAACUUAUUGGACAAGUUACAGAUAGGAAAGCUGUUGACAGAGUUCGUGUCAAAGCAAGACGCGUCACUUUUACUUGGCAAAGGGGUAUUAAAAUAGGACAAGGAAGGUUUGGUAAAGUAUAUACAGUGGUUAAUAACCAAACUGGUGAACUGUUAGCUAUGAAAGAAGUUCAGUUGCAACCUGGAGAUCACAGAGCAAUUAGGCGAGUUGCUGAGGAAUUACAAAUAUUUGAAGGAAUUCAGCACCAACAUUUAGUUAGAUACUAUGGUUUAGAAAUUCAUCGGGAAGAAAUGUUAAUUUUCAUGGAAUUUUGUGCUGAAGGAACCUUAGAAAGUUUAAUAGCUGGUAGUGGGACUGGUUUACCGGAGUCACUAGCUAGAAAAUAUACUCAUCAGCUUCUUUCGGCAGUAGCAGUUCUCCAUUUUCAUGGAAUAGUACAUCGCGAUAUUAAAACUGCAAAUAUAUUUUUAACGGAUGAGGGUAAUUGUUUGAAACUUGGAGAUUUUGGUAGUGCUGUGCAAAUUAAGGCACAUACCACUAUGCCUGGUGAAUUACAAGGUUUUGUUGGUACUCAGGCUUAUAUGGCACCGGAAGUGUUCAUGAAAACGGAAACUGGUGGUCAUGGUAGAGCUGCUGACAUUUGGUCAGUUGGUUGUUGCAUAAUAGAAAUGUCUAGUGGACGAAGGCCAUGGUCAGAAUAUGAUUCUAAUUAUCAAAUCAUGUUUAAGGUGGGAAUGGGUGAGACACCAUCGUUACCAAAAAAUUUGUCUGUUGAAGGGGUUGAUUUAAUAAAAAAGUGCUUGCAACAUGAUCCCAAGAAAAGAUUAACUGCGAAUGCCUUACUCGCACUACCGUUUGCUCAAGCAUAUGAGGACGUCAAUGCUGAUUUAACGAUGCCGCGACAUCAAGCCUAAUAUACCAAUUCAAUUGUAGAAUCUUUCGGUUUGAAAGAAUGGAGAAUCUUGUAUCAUCACCUGCAUCAGGUUAAAUUUAUUGUUGGUUAGUUGAACAUAAAAAAUACUUUUAGAACACCAAUGUUUUUACUUAUUUCAAAAAUUCUUUCGUGAAACUUCGAUAAAUUUCGAGUUCCUAAUAAAAUCAUGUCGAAAUUAUAUAUGAAUUAGAUCUUCAAAUUAAUAAAUAAACAAUAUUGGUUACUCAGUAUUAAGGCAUAAAAGACAUUUUUUUAGUAUAACAUUCCAAUUACAGAAAUAGGUACUUUCACUGUACAUUAACAAAUGUAUCUUAAAUUAUUUUUUGUAAGAUUUAAGGUGUAUUAUUAUUUUCUUU